AAGGUCCAAAGAUUAUCCACCUACUAUGCGAGAUAAAACUUUGAAUGUUUGUUUUAAAUGAUAAGGCAAACUUGUGUGCGUUUCACGCUUUUCAUGAGAAGUUUGUUUAAAAUAUUUGGUUUCUGUUUUAUAUAUAAUUUGGGAUAGUGGUCUUGGCUGAAUUGUUAAAUGAUUUGGACAUUUUCGUGUAAAAUAUAAACAUGACUUCACUCGCGCGUUCGUGUUUUAAACUGCGCGGAAGAGUAAUACCCUAUUUAUUUCGACACAGACUAGUGAGAGGUUAUGCCACGAAGUACCCCAGCGAGGUGCGCGUUGUCGAGGUGGGUCCACGGGACGGACUGCAGAACGAGUCCCAGUUUGUGCCGACUCCUGUGAAGGUUGAGCUGAUAAACAUGCUGUCAAGGAGCGGGCUCAGGCAAAUCGAGUCCACGGCGUUCGUGUCUCCCAAAUGGAUACCCCAAAUGGCAGACAACCAGCAAGUUAUGCGUGGAAUCACCAAAAGGCCUGGUGUCACGUAUUCUGCUCUCGUGCCGAACUUGAAAGGAUUACAUUCAGCGAUGGAAGUUGGUGUCCAAGAAGUGGCUAUUUUUGGUGCGGCUUCAGAAACAUUCAGUCAAAAGAACAUCAACUGCUCUAUCCAAGAAAGCUUGAAGAGGUUUGAAGAAGUAAUGAAAGUUUCAAAGGAGAACAACAUUAAAGUGCGUGGAUACGUUUCGUGUGUGGUUGGCUGUCCGUACGAAGGUGACAUCACACCAGGAGCAGUUUCUGAGGUGGCCAAGGCGUUGUGCGACAUGGGCUGCUACGAAGUUUCCCUGGGGGACACCAUCGGUGUCGGGAAGCGUCGCACGAUGGUGGCAAUGCUGGAGGAGGUGAUGCGGCUCGUCCCGGUGGAACGACUGGCCAUCCACUGCCACGACACGUACGGGCAGGCGCUCGUCAACACGGUGACGGCUAUGGAGUUUGGAAUCUCGGUCGUGGAUGCGUCUGUGGGCGGCCUGGGGGGUUGUCCGUACGCGCUGAACGCAACUGGCAACCUGGCCACGGAGGACCUGGUCUUCAUGUUGCACGGCAUGGACGUCAACACAGGGGUGGAUCUGAACCAUCUGGUCGAUGCAGGGGUGUACAUCAACCAGUGUCUGGGCAGGAAGACCAAGUCCCGGGUGGGCGAGGCGCACAUGUCCAGGCAGAGUUCCGGAGCGUGACGAUGCUCCCCCACGGGUGUCACGCUGCGGCAGUCCGAGAAGGUGCUGCCUCGACUGCGUACGUGCCUUCAGUUGGCGAGUUCUGCUGUUUUACUGGUGGAGUUAGGAAUCAUCAGAAGACGGCAUGCUGUGAUGUAGUUGAUGUCGCUUUUUAACCUCACCAUUGCCAUAUUGUUCAGACUAAAAAUUUCCAGAAAUGGUGCUUGAUAAUGUCUGAUGAUCGUUAGGGACAAGAUUACGUGGUGAAUCGUGAUAAAACCGUAAUAACACCGAAAAGCAUGUCAAAACACAGCGUAACACGGGAAUGCAAGUUAUGUCAUGGAAUUAAGUAGCAUUUAAUUCAAACUUGAUUCAAAUCAUAAAAAAGUAAUCUUUUAAUGUUUAAAAUUCAAGGAAUGUCGUAAUUUCCGGACAAAAAAUUAUACCAAAGUGAAUGGAUCAGAAAAAUUAAUCUAAUUUUUUUUAUUGUUCAUCUCUUAGUGAAUCACUUUUAAACCACAAAUGUUUGCCAAUUUAUUUUUGUUGUUGUGAAUAUACCGUAUUUAAUCGCAUAAUGUCCGCCAUCGCAUAAUGUCCCCACAUUUCUUUUUAAAUACUUGAAAUGGAAUUUUUUAAAAUCCGCAUAAAGUCCGCACCAGACAAAGCAACCUUGGCCACCCCUGAAAGGCACAGUAACGGGAUGUAAAAUUACUGACGCUGUCAACAAUGCUUUGACCUUGAGUUGUUCAUUUCUCUGGAGCGGUCGCUGAGAGGGUUUUGUAGCGUGGUGAAACCGUCCGGACUCAGAAACUCGCACUCCACUGCGCAGCUGCCUGCAACGUCACGCGAGUUGCAAGGGGAUGGGCUAUAUAUAGCACAAGCCAGUACACGUCAACUCACACUACGUCACAAAUUAGGGGAGGUAGCGGAGAAGUGGUGGGGGUACAUGCGCACGGUUUUUUUAUACAGACAAUGGCAAGGGACAGGGAGGGAGGCUCGCCGGCGCCGGCUAAUGCAGACAUUAGACAUCUGCCCCAUGCCGUCAGUGGCCAUCUCAAUGAAAGAUUAAAAAAAUAUCUUUUCACGCAAAGUGUUUAUUUUGUGUAGGCUGGCUGCGGCUUCUGAACGUAAGAGCGCACACGCGAGUGAGAGAAGAAAAAAAAAUGAGUGGCGUCUUCCACUAAUCGCCGGCACCCAAUUAUCUCGACACCUGUCACAUUUCUCACGUCCGCUGCGUAGGGUCGCCAGUCACCAGCGCUCUGCUAGUAUACUAAUUAUGAGAGAACAAUUUUUUUACUCUACACAAAACGUAAAAUUUUGAGGAAAAAUUUUUUUUUUCAGACUUCACCUCAUAAUGUCUGCACCCCAUUUUUUUUGUCAAAAAUGUAGCCAAAUUACUGCGGACAUUAUGCGAGUAAAUACGGUAUCUAUUUUAGACCAAUUCAUUGAAUAGUUAUUUCAUUGUAAAAUGCAGCAUAUUUAUUUUUACCACUAUUUUGGUGGAGUGAAUAUUACAAAAUAUUUUAUAAAAAUUAAAAAACAAUAACAAUGAAAUCCUCUAUUUUAAAAAUGAAAUUGGACUAAAAAUAAAACCAUCAAAUCUUGUCUCUAAUGAUAGUAAGUAAGAUUUAGAAUCUCCAACAUUAAAACAGUCACUUUCAUAAGAAAAGUCAUGUAGAACUGUUUUUACACUGCAAACGCUGAAUUUCAACCAAUUUUUUGGGCAUGUUACCAACAUGUCACAACAAUUAGCUGUAGAAAAAAAUAGCUUCACACAUUUACCAUGUUAUCAUGCAGAUGUAGCCACCCCCUGGUUUUAUACAUGCAGCGGGUAUUGGAUAUUUAAUAUAGCAUGUCUCAUCCUUGGAUUGCAUUGUGCAGUUUUAGGAUAUUUACUGUUUCUUUUAGUGCACUAUAUCUGCUAUUAACGCUGACCUUGUUUCAAUGUGCUCUCUUACCAGAUAUAUCCAAAGAGAACAAAAGUUUUAGACAAAACUUUAUAUUGGAAUGAAAAUCUUUUAAAUUCUACUUAAAAAUAUUUAAUACAUAAAUUUUAAAUAAUUUUGAAAAUACAAUUUCUUUUUGUAUUUCAUUAAGAGCAUCAUCUGGUAAUAUUCAAUCCUUACUUCUAAGGAAAUGUGCCAUAAAUAAUGCCAUCUUAGUCUUAAAUAUUUUUUAUUCAUACAUUUUUAAUUGGAAAAAUUAAAUAUUUUGGUUCUUGUUGACUAUAGGACAUAAUUAAUGGAAUGUCUUGUUAUUUAUAGGACCUACUGCUACAAAUACCGUAUUUACCGAAUAUACUGUGACUGAAUAUAAUGUGACACCAAACUUUUGGAUUGUGAGUCUAGGAAAAAGAAUGUUUAUAGAGGAGAUCACAGUUAAAACUUACCUAGGCCAAUAUAAAUUUGAGUUUGUCAUUACAUUAAACAAUAGUAUUUAUAUUAACAGCAUUUGUUAUGAUGCUGGUAAGAAUAAUCAUUCACUGUCAGUGUCUGCAAUGCUGCUGCUGCUACUUCUGACACUGCCUUUAUCUUCAUCUUGCCAGCACAGAUCGUCUUCAGUGAAAUUCAUGCCAACAUUUUAAAGCGAAGAAACAUGUUUGGGUGAUCAGUAGGGAGGUGUGAAUAUCCAAAGUGUGUUUGUUCUGAUGCUGGUAAGAAUAAUCAUUCACUGUCAAUGUCUGCAAUGCUGCUGCUGCUACUUCUGACACUGCCUUUAUCUUCAUCUUGCCAGCACAGAUUGUCUUCAGUGCAAUUCAUGCCAACAUUUCAAAGCGAAGAAACAUGUUUGGGUGAUCUGUAGGGAGGUGUGAAUAUCCAAAGUGUGUUUGUUCUGGUCUUAAAAAAUUUAAGCACUACAUGACAGUUAAGUGCUUCAAAGAUAAUUCUGCUUAAAUUACACAUAGCUGCUACCAGUUUUCAUUGCUUGUACAGAGUUAUAAUUAGUCAAUUGAAGUGCCUUUUUAUGUCUGAAAUACUAAAUUUACAUGUUGAUUACUAUAAUAUUUAACUGUGCAGUUUAGUAUUGUAAUUUCUGCGGUUAGUAGUACCAUUGAAUAUAAUAAUACUUAUAAAAGUUGCCAAGUCAUAAAAAAACAUUUUUGCAGUUAAAAUGUUAGUAGGACUGCCCAACACGAGAUGGCAUUGUAAUCACCUCGUUAAGCUGGUGGUACCGUUGUGCGGUUGGCAGGGGGAGUAAUCAUCCAUUCAUAAUUCCGUUUUCUUUUUGUCUCGGAAAUAACUUUUUCUUGUUUCAUGAAUGGCUGUGGAUAAAACAGGCAACGGAACAAGCUGCCUGCUUUUUACUUGGAAUAUAUGAGGUCAUGUAUAUAUAUAUAUAAUAUAUUAUAUUAUAAUAUAUUAUAUAUAUAUAUAUAUAUAUAUAUAUAUAUAUAUAUAUAUAUAUAUAAUAAUUUAUUCAUUCCAUCUUGGGGGCUUCCCAUCCGAAAAUGCUCAUGGCUUUACCGCUCAACCGAACAUUACAGGCAUUUUGGAGUGUGCAUGGGGAUGCAGAACUUUUAAAGCCCGUGCAGGAACAUAAGUGCAGGCUGUUGUACACACAUUUCCACUUGUAGCAUCUGUAUUUACAACUUUCACUUUACCAUUCCCUUCUGUCAAGCAGAUUUUUUGGGUUCAUUUAAUUUUUACAGUUUUAAUAAUUUUCUAGUCCUGAUGUUAAAUAUCACUUUCUAUUCCUCAUACAAUAUUUCAGAAGACUACAGAGAAAGUAUGGUUAAAAUUGUAAUUAUUAUUUUCUGUAAUGUAGAAGGCACUAUUUCAUUUUAUUUUACUACCCGCAUUAGACAAAUAAAUAGCAAUAUUUUGAGGUGAUUCACCUGCUCACUGCAAAACGUCACACCAGCUUAUCAAGGGAAUUACUAUGCCAUCUCGUGUCAGGCAGCCCUGCUAGCUAUCAAAAGGGCAAUGAAAUUUUAUGGCGGCUUGAUGACUUCUCUAAGUAUAUUUAUAUUCAGUGGUAAUACUGAAUGAUGUUUAUUUUUAUGAAAAACCCAGAAUUAUCAGUACUAAUAAAAUAUGAAUACAAAUGUUUUAAUUUUUAGCAAAUUGUUCAGUUAUGCUUCUAGAUAACUUGUAUGAAAGUUUUAAUUUUUUUUUACUUAGUACAAAAUUGAAAUUAAACUAAGUUUAAUGUAGUCAACAGGCAUUCAACUUCAACCAAACUGAAAAAAAAAAACAAGGAACCCAUUGUGAUCUGUUGUGUAGCUGUAUGAAAAUGACUGAAUGUUUUAUAAUAUAAUUAAAUAAAUGUAUAUGUAAUUUUUAUAAAUACUAUCUUAAACAAUAAUUGCCAGUGUUUUAAGUCAUAUAUAUGUAAAAACAAUUUAUUUUUGGGACCACUUUAACAUGUGUACUGUAUAAUAUUGUUAUUGUGUAUUUUUUGGUGUCAUAAAGCUGUAUAUUUUUUU